CGCGGGCAUGGCCGCUCUCAGGAUCCUCUCUGGUCGCGGGGCGACUUCUUGGAGCUGUCAAUGGACACAUGUGUCGGUUCUCACUGAUGUUUCUCGCUCCAGUUGCGAUGGCAAUUGACGACAAGUAAUUUUUCGCUAAAAAAAAAAAAACGGGGCAUUCCACUCCUGCAUUUUGUGUGUGCACGAGAAAGAUGUACGACAUAUGCCAUCCCAGCUAUUAUCAUCUGUGCAAACUCGGCUGUAAUGACCCGAUAAAAACGAGCACCGCCUUUUAUGUCUACAUUGAGAUAUGCGAAGUGAAGCGAUACUGGGACGUCGACUACAAGUACAAUGAGGAGCUCGACGUGAUCUAUUUUGAGGUGAAGAAAAAGGAGAAUUCUCGGUUGGAGAUCUACGUGCCUUGGCCAACCAAGUAUAGCCUCUGCUUGGACAAGAUUGAGAAGAUGCAACAGUUAUUGCAAAAUAAACGAUUGACAUUCGUAUUUAAAUCUGAAGAUAGCAGCAGUGUCUUUUAUACAGUAACCGCUGGCCUCUCGAAACCAGCGGCACCAGAAGCGAGUAAACAACGAAAGGAAAAAGCGGAAAAGAUUCUGAACUUGGAAAGUGAAAUCCGGAGGAAUACACCAAACUUAUAUGAAUUAGCGAAGACUUUAGGUCCUACUCACGAAACUAGCCAAGAACCUUCGAAUCUUGAUUCCAGUUUGGAGAUAUUAUGAUACUUUUCUUCUACUUAAUAUAUAAUUUUGAUCUAAUAUAUGUCUGCUGUCUAUAUAUUGGUAUUUAUCUUUUUUUGUUACACACCUUACAGCUUAUGUAUCAAAACAUAUAACGGUUAAACAUGUAAAAGUAAUGUCGCGUUGGAAAUAAACCUCCCCCCCAAUAUAUUGUAA